AUGAAGCUUUUUCCACUUAUGACGAUCGCAGAGGACCGAAGCUGCAGCUUCCAGCUCCAAAAGUUUGAGAUGGGUCUGUCAGCCUUCAAGAGCGCUCCCCUUUGCCAGAUAUCCGACACAUCACUUUGGGAGGAAAAGCAAUGCAGCGCUUUUUCGUGCACAUGCGUCGACUCAACUACUGGGUAUUCCACUGACCCUCCUCGCCAAGCAUCUAAGGCUGACAAGGAGAAACUGAAAUGCUCCGGAACCCCUUGUCUCGACGAAUACAAGAAAAAUACACAGCUGGCCGGGGACAAUAUCGCCAACGGAAUGGUCGACUUGCCCUACAUUCCUACCUGCACGCUGUCCGGUUACUACCAUCCGGUUCAAAACGACCCCGUUACCGGCGCAUCUUUUUGCACAGGUCCCCGCGGCGAAUACAGAGUUCCAGUCGACGAAAAUGCGCCUAACGCGUCUGGCAAAAAGAAGAACAAGGAAAAGAGCUCCAGGGAGAAUUCGGAGUAUGACAGAUUGCGAAGCGACCAGAUUAUGAGCGAAGACCGUGUCGCAGCGGAGGAAAUGUGCUUGCGACAACGCUCGCGUAUUCUUGAACAAAUUCGCGAAAUCAAACGAAUCGAUGUCGACACAUUCCACUACGAAACCUUGUAUCAAACGAUGACAGAUGAAUUCGAGGAGCAAAUAGAGGAGAUGAGGAUACUGGAAAUGAAAUCGAGAAUGGCCACCCGAAUACUCGAAAUUCAAGAAAUGAUUCAAAAAUCAACAAUAACAGCUAAGAAGCUCACGUGUGAAAUAGAUGAGAUCCGGACAAGAAGGCUCCGUUCCCAUUCCGAGCCAGUAAAUCAAUCGACUCCAACAAAGAAGAAAUGGCGAGACUCGAACGAAGAAAAUAAAAGUCGCGGACCGGGAAAUUACGCGAGCAACACUUUCAGCCGCCGGCGCGAUCCGACCGCGUUGACGAUGAAGAGCUACUCCUCCAUGACUCCAGCGAGUCGGAGACGACCCGGCGCUGGAUCUACUGCGAUUGUUAGGAGCAAAUCGCAAAGCUACAGGGAAACACAAAGUGAUGCGCAGCUGGUUUAUAGGGCAAACUUUUUACGAAAUCGAAAUGCGCCGAGCGAUACAAUUCAAAACCCGCAAAGAAAAACGGAGAACAAACCGGUCUCUGAGCAAUGCACACAUACUGAAGUGCACGUCAAACUAGCAGAAAGAAAAGCACUCAUGGCUCGCUCUGUCUCAGACAUGGCCCUGGUAGAUCGCAUUGGGACGCUGCCUUUUUCAAAGUCGGAGCGCAAACUCAACUCUUACGAUAAUGAUUCCGACACUGGUAUAAGUUCAAUGCACUCAUCGGAAGCUGAUUUUCGCUGUUCUCCUGAUCGCAAAAUCACACUUGUCUAA